AUGAACGAUUGGGCUGCUCCUCUUAUAGCUGCUGCUUUGUUUGCGUUUUUGUCACCUGGGGUGGUCUUUCAAAUGCCAGGGAAGGAACGACCCCUUGAUUUCAUGAAUAUGAAAACAAGUUUAGCUUCCAUUUUUGUUCAUAUGGUUAUCUACGGUCUGCUUCUUGUUUUGUUUCUUGUUGUUCUUCACGCCCACCUUUAUCAACUCUUGGAAGAAAGAGAUUUACUUUCCCUCCAGUAUGACACACACAUGUGCUUGUGUACUACAGGAUGGUGUUCCUUUGACCCAGCAUCACGGUUAACGUGUAGAAAAGCAGUAGCUGCUUGUGGUUCGUACAAAAUCACCUUAGUAGAGAUGACUUUGCUACAUGAAAAUGGUGAUUGUGGAUCUCGACAAAAUGGAAAUGGGCCAAGAGGGAAUCAUGCGUAG